AUGGAGAGCUACGUGCGGAAGCGGUCGUGGAAGAAGGGGCCGACGCGGGGCAAGGGCGGGCCGCAGAACGCGGCGUGCGAGUACCGGGGCGUGCGCCAGCGGACGUGGGGCAAGUGGGUGGCGGAGAUCCGCGAGCCCAACAAGCGCGCGCGCAUCUGGCUCGGCUCCUUCGCCACCGCCGAGGAGGCCGCGCUCGCCUACGACGAGGCCGCGCGCAGGCUCUACGGGCCCGACGCAUUCCUCAACCUGCCGCACCUCCGCGCCGCCGCGGGCGCCACCGCGCAGCAGCGCAUGAUCAGGUGGCUCCCGGCCGCCGCGGCCGCGAACGGCGCCAGGGGCCCCGCCGCGGGCGCCGUGCCCGCCUACGGCCUCCUCAACCUCAACGCGCAGCACAACGUGCACGUCAUCCACCAGAGGCUGCAGGAGCUCAAGAGCUCCUCCUCGCCGGCCAAGCCGCAGCAGCACUCCAGGAGGACCCCUCCCCCGCCGCCGCCUCCUCCGGCCGCCUCGUCCCCUUCCUCCACGGUGACCACCGGCGCCAUGCCGCCCUCCGCGUCCUGCUUCCAGGCCCAGCUGGAGCACGCCAUGGCGAUGACCGCCGCGGCCGAGAGCGCGCCCCCCUGCGACGGCUUCGGGGCCGGCAGGCCCCAGCUCGACCUCAAGGAGUUCCUGCAGCAGAUCGGCGUGCUCGGGGAGGACGACGGCAGCGCGGCCGGCAAGCAUCAGGGCGUCGACGGGGACGACGGCGAGGUGGCAGACGCGUUCGGGUUCGGUGACGGCAACGGCAGUGGCAUCGGCGCGGAGUUCGACUGGGACGCGCUGGCGGCCGACAUGACCGAUAUCGCGGCGGGAGGCCACGGCGGCGGCGGGCUGGGCGUGAACGGAGCGUUCCACAUGGACGAUCUCGACCAGUUCGGCUCCGUGCCCAUCCCCGUAUGGGACAUCUGAUGUCAUAUUCUUAAGACUUCCGAUCUACAUGCAGUCUGAUCUGAUGAGAGGUUUAGCUUCCAAGUUCUUCAUGUAGUCUGGCAUGAAGUUUUAGAUCUGUUUCAUCUGAAGAAUCAUGUAAUAGCAUAAGCACAAUAAACUUGGCGCGCAUGAGCUAAUCCCACAACCAGGAAAAUGAGACCAAAAUACAUUGGACUUCUCAAAAGAACUUCCAGAUAGCAUCAACGCAAAUCUGGCUCAUGCUUUUCG